AUGCACAGGAUUCUCCCCCGAGCCGCCUCCUUCCUCGACGCGGCCGCGGCCCCGGCCCGGCCGCUGCUGCCCUCCUCCCGCAUGCCCGCGCUCCGCCUGGCAGGUCCGUCCCUCUCCACUUGCUCGGUACCGAGCACCGCGCGCCCCCGCCCCCUGCCGUGGCUGCGCUGCGGUGGUGACGGCGCGGUCGCGAGGAGGGGGCUCUGCUGCUCCGCUGAGGCGGCGAGGCGCGGGGAUAUUGCCGCGGGAGAGGGAGAGGGAGAGGAAGAUGAAGAGGGUAGGGCCUCCAGAGGAGGUGGGGGUCGUCAUUCGCCAGAGAGGAGGCAGAGAGGCCGGGGCGAUGCGGCGACGGGGAGCGGGGAGCUGCUCGCCAUUCCUGGGGUCGGGCCGCGGAACCAGAGGAAGCUCGUUGAGAAGGGAUUCGAUGGCGUGGCGCCGCUCAAGCAGCUCUAUCGGGAUAAGUUCUUUGGCAAGUCUGAUGAGAAGAUGGUUGAGUUCUUGCAAAGUUCAGUUGGCAUCAUACACAAGAACCAUGCUGAGAGUAUAACUUUGUUCAUUAAAGAGAGCAUUGAUGAGGAGGUGAAAGACACUGACACAUCUAAGCCUUGCAGAAGAAAGAGGCUCACCUUUUGUGUUGAAGGGAAUAUCAGUGUCGGGAAAUCUACAUUCCUUCAAAGAAUUGCCAACGAGACUAUCGAACUACGUGACCUUGUGGAAAUAGUACCUGAACCUGUUGCAAAGUGGCAGGAUAUUGGGCCUGAUCACUUUAACAUACUUGAUGCUUUCUAUGCUGAACCACAGAGGUAUGCUUACACUUUCCAGAAUUACGUCUUUGUGACAAGGGUGAUGCAAGAGAGGGAGUCUUCAAGUGGAAUAAAGCCUCUCCGGCUGAUGGAAAGAAGUGUUUUCAGUGAUAGAAUGGUUUUUGUCCGUGCUGUUCAUGAAGCUAAGUGGAUGAACGAGAUGGAAAUCAGCAUUUACGAUUCCUGGUUCGACCCAGUUGUGUCAUCUCUCCCGGGUCUUGUCCCUGAUGGUUUUAUUUAUCUAAGAGCUAGCCCUGACACCUGCCACAAAAGAAUGAUGGUUCGGAAAAGGUCUGAGGAGGGUGGUGUCAGUCUUGAUUACCUUCAAGGUUUGCAUGAGAAACAUGAAAGCUGGCUACUUCCGUCCAAAGGGCAAGGUUCUGGUUUGUUGUCAGUCAGUCAGCUUCCAAUUCAUAUGGAGGGCUCACUACAUCCAGAAAUACGAGAUCGAGUGUUCUUCCUGGAAGGAGAUCAUAUGCAUUCUAGUAUCCAGAAGGUUCCUGCUCUGAUCCUGGACUGUGAAAAUGACAUUGAUUUUAACAAGGACAUUGAAGCUAAACGACAAUAUGCUCGUCAAGUUGCGGAGUUCUUCGAAUUUGUGAAGAAAAAGAAUGAAGCUCUUCCUGCUGAGACAAGUGAUGGUGACAAGAGUAUAAGCCCACAGGUUAUGCUUCCUGGCAAAGGUGAUUUGUGGUUCCCUGGAGGCAGCCCUUUACCAAAAUCUGCUCUAGGAUCUCUUGAAUUCAGACGGGCGAUGUCGUCCUUCCUCCCAAAGUAG